CAAGAUCAACAACAGCAGCCUCUCCUUCCAACAAUUUCAUUGAGCUGGAGUCUCAAUCGCCACUCUAAUCAAUCAACAUGAAGUUUCUUCCAAUCCUCGCUACCCUUUUCAUCGCCGCCCAGGCCGAAAUCACCUUCUUCAAUCCCGAGAAGAACGUAACCUGUACUGGUCAUGAAAACGGAGACAUCACCUGCGAAGCUGGUCAGCAAACUGAUGCCCAAGUGAUUUCUCUCGAGCAAGCAGUUACUCCAGCUAUUCGCGGUCGCUCAGCUAAUCCUCUCGACAAGCGUGUGUCUUGCGGUAUCUCGGACACUGCUUGCUUUGCCCACUGCUUUGCUAUCGGCUACUGCAACUCCCAUUGCGACGAUCAGGGCAUUUGCAGAUGCUACUGCUACGACAAGUCUCCAUGGCCACUUGUCUGCACCAAGACCACUUGCUCUUAGAUCAGUAAUCAAGAGUUAAGAUUUGCUUUGGUAUUUUUGGGGAGGAAUAAACAAACAUUCAAAGGGGAUGAAUUUGGGGAUUUCGGAAAUAUAGUCUGCAGUUGUUCCAUGAUUCUCGCG